CGGUUGACUCGUUUUGUUCUGCCGAGAUACGAUCACCAUCGGUGAACGCUCGGAUUGCCAUGGAGCUCGGGGAGACGGCUCGGGAGGGGAGAGGGCAAAGAAAAAGCCUAGAGACGAGCUUGGAGGGCAAGAAGGUGGUCCUGGUGCCAUACAUGGAGGAGCACGUGCCUCGAUACCACGAAUGGAUGCAGGACCCGUCCCUCCUCCUCGCCACCGGCUCCGAGCCCCUCACCCUCGAUCAGGAGUACCAGAUGCACCUCUCCUGGACCCAAGACCCCAACAAGCAUACAUUUAUAGUGCUGGACAAGGAGUUGAUCGAGGGUAGCUUCGUCCAUGGAGAUCCCCACGUUGAAGCCAUGGUUGGUGAUGUGAAUAUAUACAUGAAUGAUCCAGAUGACCUACAAACAGCAGAAAUUGAGAUCAUGAUAGCUGAAACAAAAAGCCGUGGCAAGGGGCUUGGAGAAGAAUCAGUCUUGUUGAUGAUGGCAUUUGCAGUUGAGAAUUAUGGAAUUCAAAAGUUCCGCGCAAAAAUUGGAGAUUCAAACACAGCAUCACUUAAUCUCUUCCGGAAAUUGGGCUUUGCUGAUGCUUCUUACAGUGAAGUCUUCAAAGAGGUGACUCUGGAGUUGCCUGUGACGGAGCAAUUCUUUAAAUGCCUUCUAACUUAAACAAGUAAACUGGUAAACUGAUCCUCCGAUUGCUUCCUUUAACCAAUUUUAACUGUUGAUCAUAUAAUAAAAAUUCAAAAUAUAUGCUUUAUUCAGAAAUCCACCUUGAUGGUGAACAUGAGCUUGAUUCAAAUGUUAGUAGAUGAAUAUUAACAUGCAUCCUUUACGCAUGGUGUGUAUGCCACUGACAUCUUGCCGCAAAGUAUCACUCUUCCAAUAUGAACUUGAUGCAGCCUACCCGAUAGGCUUUAGUGAUGCUAACAGGAUUUUUGCCACUUGAGUGAUGAACUAUGUUUGUUACGAACCACAAGGAUUAUGCCAGGAUUCUUUAUGCCCCUCAAGUCAGGCGAUGAAUGUGAAUUGUGAUAAUUUUGUUA